CUUCGCCAUGAAGUUUCUUUCUGUUUUAACAUUAGCUGUAAUUAUACCUAUUUACGUCACCGGUGAUGCGUUCGGUGAUCUUUUGGGACAAGAAAUACAAGAGCCAACUAUCGCCCAUAUCCGCGAGAAGAGGCAAUCGGGUCACUUUCGUACAGUGAACCAAGCACCACCACCUCAGAACGCGCAACAAUCCCGUCCACCAUUGGUGCCCGUUCCACCGCAACCAAUUCCAAAACUGGGUCCAUCUCAACCCAUCCAGCCUCAGCAAUUAUCACAGGCGCAGGUAUCUCAGUACAAACCGCAAGUGACAUUCGCCUCGGGUGUCCAGCAACCGGAUUACAAAUCGAUUCCAGUGAACAGUGGUCAAUACAAGAAACCGAUUCUUCCUCAACAACCCCAGUAUCGUCCUCUUCCUCAGCAACCUCAGUACCGCCCUCUUCCUCAGCAACCCCAAUACCAACCCCUCCCUCAGCCUAGUUAUAAUGCAGCUCCGCAAUACAACAGCAAACUGCCACCCCACAUCCAGCAAUUGCUGCAAUUUCAAAAUAGUUUGAGUAACACGAUUCCUGGAAAAGCAUAA